AGGCUAUAUUAUGGGUGUGAGUUUAGUACUUCAUAUCUUGCUUCAGUCAAGUUUUGUUCAGUAGUGCGUAGUCCAAAUAUGAGUGACGAUCAAACCUUGCAUAUUGCUAUGUAUCCAUGGUUUGCUAUGGGUCAUUUGACUGCAUUCCUCCACAUCUCCAACAAACUCGCAGAAAGGGGCCACAAGAUCUCCUUCUUUUUACCUCUCAAAACUCAAUCCAAGUUGCAGCACUAUAAUCUCCGCCCUCAUCUCAUUACCUUCAUUCCCCUCAAUGUCCCUCACGUCGAUGGCCUCCCUCCGGGGACUGAAACCACAGCUGACAUUCCUCUCUCUUUGGGCUCUCUUCUUGCUACCGCCAUGGACCUCACUCGACCCCAAAUCGAACAAUCUCUCCUCAAACUCAAGCCUGAUUUUGUGUUCUUCGAUUUUAGUUACUGGUUGCCUGCAUUGUUGCGUGAACUAGGCAAUAACAUUAAGUCAGUAGGUUACUGGGUGAUUAAUCCUGCAAGUGUGUGGUACCUGCUAAGCCUAGGCCUGCCGAGAAAGAUGCCAUUCGAUGAGGCUGAUGCUGCACGGUCUUUGCUGUGUUUCAGUAGUUCAUUCUCAAUCAAGUUACAGACUCACGAAGCUCGAGCUUAUGAUGCCAUGGCAAACAAGGAAUUUGGCAGCGGAUUGAGAUUUGGCAAACGCAUAUUGACCUCUUUCAGCGAUUGUGAUGCAAUUUGUUUCAAAACUUGCAGAGAAUUCGCAGGGCCAUUUUGUAACUAUUUUGAAAUCCAAAUGAACAAGCCGGUCAUUCUAGCAGGCCCAGUGGUGCCAGAUCCCCCAAGUUCACAGUUGGAAGAGAAAUGGGCAAAAUGGCUUGGAGGGUUCGAACCAAGAACCGUGAUUUUCUGUGCUCUUGGAUCUGAAUACAUUCUCACAAAGCAGCGACUGCAACAACUAUUAUUGGGUUUUGAGCUUACUGGUUUGCCAUUCUUCGCUGCCCUGAAACCGCCAACCAGAGUUGAAUCAAUUGAAUCGGCACUGCCAGAAGGCUUUGAAAUGCGUCUAAAAGGAAAAGGGGUGGUACAUGGGGGUUGGGUUCAGCAGCCUUUGAUACUGAAGCACCCAUCUGUGGGUUGCUUUGUGACUCACUGCGGUUCGGGGUCUUUAAAUGAGGCGUUAGUGAAUGAGUGCCAAUUGGUGUUUCUCCCACAUGUGGGAGAUCAUGUUAUCAACGCGAGAAUCAUGAGUGGGGAUUUGAAGGCGGGAGUUGAAGUUGAAAAAGGAGAUGAAGAUGGAUUGUUCACCAAGGAAAGUGUUUGCAAAGCUGUGAAAGCAGUGAUGGAUGCAGACAGUGAGGUGGGAAAGGAGGUGAGGACCAACCAUGCUAAGUGGAGGGAGUUCUUCUCCAAUAAAGGGCUUGAGAGCUCAUACAUUGAUGGUUUUGUGCAGAAGCUGCAUGAACUGCUACGAUGAUUGAAACAGGGUCAUGGGUAAACUGUGUCAUUGCAAAUUUCUGGAAAUAUUUUUUUUUAAUUUUUAUUUUCUUUUUUAGGUGAGAAUGAUCUUGGGUAAAUUAUUUUGAUAAUUAUUUGUAUCUAUAUUUUAUUUAAGAAAAGUGGUGUUGAUAAC